AUGACAGCGGUGAAGAAGGCACUGGCGAUGCGGCAGCUUGAUUCUAUGUUUGGAAGUAUGACUCUAGAAGGAGAAGGCCGACAUUCUCCAUUAGUCAGUUCCACCAUAGAACACGAUCCACACUGUGACGUACACGGUCGUUGCAGCACACCCUACAGGUCGUCCCUUUACCUACACAGUCGGGAAUCAACACCAGGGUUCAGGGAAUGUCUUUCACCGACAAAUGGUCUCAUUAUCAGGAGAAGAGGCUCACUGGGUUUAUCCCAAGGUUCUCCAGCGCGGGAGCUGGAGCACCCGUCGUCGUUCCCGAGCAUCCUUCGCCGGGAUCGCCAUAGCCCUUCUCAGACGCCACCUCGCAGAGACACCCCAAGCCCGACACACAGACACAACUCAAAGCGCCAUUCCAUGGGCUCCUUUCCAAAUCUUUCCCGCGGCAAUAUUGUAAAUUACAACAGACGGGAUUCUUUGAAUACUGGUAUUAGAGACAUGAAAAGAGACUACGUAAGUCCGCUGAAUUUUGUCUCUAGAAAAAGUUCCAUUGAUACUAAGAAAUCUUCAACCGACUCGUUGGACACAUGGCAUACAAAUUGGGAAUUCGAUCGACACAAUUCCAUUUCGUCUUUGGCGCCCGACGAUGGCUUUUCAUAUGGAUAUAAUAAGGCGCCAAGCAGGAACGGUAGUCAGAGUGCGCUUGGUACUCCAGCCGUUGCGGAGGUGAACGGCUCCCGGCCGACCUUUAAGCCAGUGACGGUUCUGGAGGAUCUUCAGGCAGUGCGUUGUGCUGAAUUCCAUCCCGGCGGCAGACUGUACGCUGUGGGCUCCAACACCAAGACACUCAGGAUAUGCAGUUAUCCCAAGAUCGAUGAUGUCAAAGACAAUAGUUCACCCACAGCGCCAACUGUUCUGCUAAAACGCACUAAGCACCAUAAAGGCAGCAUCUAUUGCCUGGCCUGGAGCCCGGCCGGAGAUCUUCUGGCCACCGGUUCCAAUGACAAGACAGUUAAGCUCAUGAGAUUCAACAGCCACACCUGCAACCUGGAAGGACAGGAGGUUGAGCUGACUAUGCAUGACGGCACGGUCCGUGAUGUGUGCUUUAUAGAGGACACCUCGAACAAAACCAGCCUUCUCGUGAGUGGCGGAGCUGGGGACUGCAAGAUAUACGUCACAGAUUGCGCUACCGGGAAGACUUUCCAGGCGCUGAGCGGUCAUUCCGGCCACGUGCUGUCUCUAUAUAGUUGGGGUGGAGCGUUGUUCGUGUCAGGAAGUCAGGAUAGGAGUGUUCGCUUCUGGGAUCUGAGAACAGCUGGUUGUGUCAACGUGAUCGCACCACCGCCGGCUGGACAGCAUGCGAAGGGGUCAGCAGUGGCGUCUUUAGCAGUGGACCCGAGUGGUCGUCUCUUAGUAUCUGGUCAUGAAGAUGGUUGGUGUGGUCUACACGACGUGCGAGGAUCUCGUUCUUUACAGCGGUUCUCGCCACACGCGGGUGAUGUACGAUCAGUGCGUUUCUCGCCCGGAGCUUACUAUUUACUGACAGCAGGAUACGAUGGACGUGUAGUACUUACAGAUCUUCAAGGUGACCUCACGUGCGCACUUCCUAGCGUACCAGUGGCUCGUCAUCCUGACAAAGUGAUCUCAGCCCGCUGGCAUCCAGAUGACUUCUCAUUCCUUUCAACGUCAGCUGAUAAAACAGCUGUUCUAUGGACCAUACCGCCACUAUAA